GUCACCUACAAAUCAGUGUCUUCCAGCAUCUAGGAGCUGGUUCUUGUGAGGAGUUCGGCGUCACGAGGGAAGAAUACUAAGCCUUUAGUUCUCUUCCAUUCCAACCCCCCACAAUGGCCCAAAACUUUGCCGCCUCGAAGAAGAGGCGUCGCGAGCCGGUCAACGUCGACACCAAGCUGGUCGAGAUAUAUGAAGAUCUCGCCAGCGAGAAGGACGAGAUCCGAUUGAAGUCCGCCCAGGCUCUGGUGUCGCAGUUCACGCCGGACAAGAACCCCACCGAUGAGCAGAUCCAGAAGGCCCUGCAGAGACUCUUCCGCGGUCUCUGCAGUAGCCGGAAAGCGGCUCGGAUUGGCUUCUCGAUCGCGUUGACCGAGAUCCUCACGCAGGUUCUUGCAGCUCCCAGAGACUCGUCCGACAUUACCGUAGCAAAGGUCAUGUCGAUUUGGGAGUCGCAGUCGAGUUCCUCGGGUAGUGAAUCGGGACAGGAACAACGGGACCACCACUUCGGACGUCUCUUUGGCGCGGAAGCCAUCAUCAAGUCUUCUAUUCUGUUCAAGCCCAAGGCGCCGUUCAGUGAGUGGACCAAGCUUUUGGACUUGGUCUUCGAGCUGUCCAAGAAGAAGCCAUGGAUCAGGGAAGAGUGCGGCUGGAUCGUCUAUCGCUGUAUCUAUGAACUUUCGACCCAGAAGGCAGAUGCCAAGUUCGUGGAAACCGCCCUGGAACGGCUGUGCUCGAACGACCUGGCGAAGACGCCCGAGGGUGUCUCGAUCUGGCUGGCAGCCAAGGAGCUGUUCCCGACUGUCAGCUUCCCCAGUAAAGUGUGGAAGCAUGACGAUCCGUUGGAUGCGCGGGAGAGGAACAGCCUCGCCAAGGUCAUGAAGGACUCUUCGUCUUCGGAGUCUGAGAAUGGCGACAAUGCCAACGCUACGAAAUCCUCUGGGGUCUGGAACUCCAAGCUUCAUUUUGCUUGGGAGGCGAUUAUUUCUAGAUUCAGUGUUGCUCCUGCCAAGGAGAAGUCCAAGAGUAAAAGCUCUAGCUCGUCUCGUUUGAGUUUCAUUGACUUCUGGACUGAAGUUGUCGACAACGGACUCUUUGCUUCUGCUUCCUCGGAGGAACGCAAAUACUGGGGAUUCCUUCUUUUCAACAAGAUCCUCAACGAGGGCCCCUUCCACCUGGCUUCCCAGGUUUUCACCAAGAACCUUGUCCGGUGCCUCACGAACCAGCUCGCCGUUGACGACCGCUAUCUUCACAAGAUGGCCGCCAAGUCGGCAAAGACGAUCCAGACUCGUGUGGCGAAAGAACCCGAGUUCGCGGGCGCUUCUGUCGUCGGCUUGAUGGGCUCAGCUGGGUCCGUGAACUUCGACCAGGUGACCAAGACGAAGACCGUGGAGAAGAUCGUGGCCGAGGCCAACCUGGACGCACUGAAGCAGAUCGUGCCUCUGUUCUCCAAGCUGAUCGCCAGCCCCGGAACAGACGAUGCUAAGGCCGCGGCCUCGACCCGCCAGAUCCUGGCCGGCUUGCUCCUGGCUAUCGUGAGGUCUCAGGCCUCGACGAGCGGUGAUGCCCACGACGAGGUUGAGUCUGUGCUGGAGCACAUCCUGUUCACAUUUGUCCAGUUCGCCUACUUCACGGAGGGCGAGGAGAAGAAGGCUGCCGCGCAGCCCGCCCUCACUCAGCAGACGCAGGAGCUGUUCCGAAGCCGCAUCACAUCCUGUCUGAACAGUUUGAUUGCCUCCCAGAAGCACGCAACAACCCUGCCGUACGCAGUGGUUCGCAAGAUCCGCGAUGCCGCCAAGUCCGGCGAGUUCGGCAAGUUCAUCAUCAACAUGGACGAGACCCUGAAUGAAUCGGUGAAGACCGCAUUCAAGUCUCUGAAGAAACUCUCCAACACGCACAAGAACGCCGCCGGCGUCGACGCCUUCAAACUGCUCUACUCCAUGACCAUCCUGCAGGUCUACAACGGCGACGCCGACGCCGUGUCCAUGCUGGACGAACUCGACUUCUGCUACACCAAGAUCUUCGGCGACAAGAAGUCCAAGAAGGAAGAAGCCUCGGAUGCGUCCGACGCGCUGGUGGAAAUCCUGCUGAGUUUCGCGUCCAAGCCCUCCCAGCUGUUCCGCCGGAUGAGCGAGCAGGUGUUCAAUGCCUUCGCCCAUCAGGUCACUGAGAAUGGUCUGGAGUCUUUGAUCUCUAUCCUCGAAGCAAAGGAAAGUCUCGCCGGUCAACAGGAAAUGUUCGACCAGCAAGACGACGAAGAAGGCGACGAGGAGAUGAUGGACGUGGACGACGACGAGGAACACUCCCACUCCCACUCUGACGAAGAGGACAGCGACGUGGAAGUCGUCGAUGCCGAGGGCUCCGACAACGAAGACUCCGACUCCGACUCCGACUCCUCCUCCGCCAACGGCGACGGCGGCGCCGACGACGCAGAGACCGCCGCCUUCGAAGCCAAACUCGCCGAAGCGCUAGGCACGCACCGCGGCGACGAGGACCUCAACGCGGAAUCCUCCGAGUCGGACGCAGACAUGAACGACGACGAAAUGGAGCAAGUGGACUCGGCGCUGGUCAAAGUGUUCAAAGCGCGGCGCGACGCGCUCGGGCAGAAAAAGGACAAGAAAGACGCGCGCGAGAACAUGAUCAACUUCAAGAACCGCGUGCUGGACCUGCUCGAGAUCUACGUCAAGAAAUGCCACUCGAAGAUCCUAGCCCUGGAUCUCCUCCUGCCGCUGCUGCGUCUGACGCGCCGGUCGAGCGUCAAGCAGGUCUCGAACAAGGCGAACGCCGUGCUGCGCGAGUACACCAAGCUGUGCAAGGGCUCGGCGCUGCCGGCGAUCGAGGACCCCGAGCCGGUCUGGGAGCUCCUGAAGUCCAUCCAUGCCGAGGCGACGCGCAGUGGGCCCCCGGCUCAUGCGUCGGGAUGCAGCCAGGCCAGCUUGCUGGUGGUGAAGGUGCUCGUGGCGCAGGACAAGGAGGCGGUUGCGGGCGUGGUGGAUGUGUAUGCGGCGACGCGCAAGGAGCAGCUUCUGAGCAAGAAGUGCCAUGUUCAGCCGUCGUUGUUCACAGACUGGAAUAACUGGUGCGUGUCGGCUAGCAAGCAGAUGAAGAACUAGAUGGGGUUUGAGGUGGUGGUUGAUACAGUAGGGUAAAGCAGAUUAAUUGACAAUAUGUACGAAUGGAAAACGCAGGACUAUAUAGACAGGUGAAAUCUC